AUGAAGGGAUUGAUCAAUAAAGCGAAAAAAGGUAAAAAUGAAUAUAUUCGCCAUUUUAAUACGGAUUAUUAUGCAAAACACAAGUGGUUAUGUGGUUGUGAUAUAAAACUAGCUGUUUAUUGUUUUCCUUGUUUAUGUUUUGGUGGUGGCAUUUCUUGGACUAAAACAGGUGUAACAUAUUUGGGUCAUUUAUCUGAAAAAAUUAAAAAACACGAGAAUUCUUUUAAACACUUACAAAAUGAAGCUAAUCUUAAAGUACUCGGUACUAUCAAUAUUUUCGAUAAAAUUGACUCGGGCUAUAAAAUUAGGAUUCAACGUCAUAAUGAAGAAAUAGAUAAAAAUCGUUAUAUAUUAGAAAAAAUUCUGAACUGUAUAAAAUUUUGUGGACAACAUAAUUUACCAUUAAGAGGUCACAAUGAAAAAAUUAACUCUAAUAAUAAAGGUGUUUUUCUCGGUGUUAUUGAGUUAUGUAAAAACUUAGAUGUAAGUUUGCGUAGUCAUUUUGAAAAUUCAAAAGUAUUUAAAGGAACAUCUAAAACAAUACAGAAUGAUUUGUUAGAUUGUAUACUACUUGUAACAAGAAAACAAAUUUUAUUAGAAAUAGAAACUGCUCAAUUUGUUUCUAUAAUCGUCGAUGAGACUACUGACAUUUCUAAUAUGUUUCAGUUAGUUAUUGUAUUUCGCUAUGAACUUAAAGGUCAACCAGUAGAACGUUUUUGGGGGUUUUUAAAUCCUGAUGGACACAAUGCAGAAUCAUUAACAUCAACAAUAUUAUCUGAAAUAAAUCCUAUUUUAAAAAAUACUCCGAAUAAACUAAUAGCACAAUCGUAUGAUGGCGCGGCAGUUAUGAGUGGACAAAAGAGUGGAGUUAAUGUUAGGGACUAG